AUGGCCAGAGCUGCUGCCGGGAAGGCUGGAUCUGGCGGGAGCCGGGAGGCCGCUGGCUGGGUUCUGAAAGUGAUCUGCGGAGACUGCACUUGUUGCUUUUCGGGAAGGGGAUGCUGGCGCGCCAGGAUCGCCGGCGACCCCCCGGUCGGGCGGCCUGAGGCGGCGGCGGCGGGCGGGAGGGGCCGCGAAGCCCUGCCUGCGGCUGUUGCUGUCGAGCAGGAACUCAAGACGGUCACGUACCUGCUGCCGGUGAAGUACCAUGAGCUGCCUGCUGACGCUGUUGAGGCGGUCCCAGUGCAGUGCGCGUCGGGCGGUCAGGUGCGCGCCGCUGGUGCCGCGCGCCGACCUCCCGCCUGGCGUGGCCAGCCUGCGCCGCCGCAGCUGCUGCUCGGCCGCCUCUUCCGCUGGCCCGACCUGCAGCACGCCGUGGAGCUGAAGCCCCUGUGCGGCUGCCACAGCUUCGCCGCCGCCGUGCCGCCACGACGGCCUGACCGUGGGAAGUGCUGCAACCCCACCACACUUCACCGGGUCUGUAUGCCACAAUCACCACCGCCCCCCUAUUCUCGGCUGUCUCCUCACGACGAGUACAAGCCACUGGAUCUAUCUGAUUCCACAUUGUCUUACACUGAAACGGAGGCCACCAACUCCCUCAUCACCGCCCCGGGUGAAUUCUCAGACGCCAGCAUGUCUCCGGAUGCCACCAAGCCCAGCCACUUGACGCGAUUACCUACUGGACACCGGACGCGUGUGGGCCGCCUCUACGCGGUGUACGACCAGGCCGUGAGCAUCUUCUACGACCUACCUCAGGGCAGCGGCUUCUGCCUGGGCCAGCUCAACCUGGAGAAGGCAGCGAAGUCGAGGCAGGAGCUUUCGAUCGGCCAGUUGCUGAAGAGGCUAUCCCAGAGGGUCUGGGCUUAG